UUUUUUUUUUAGUGAUCCUGAGCUUUUAUGAGGAAGGGGGAAUAACCAUGGCUUCAGGCUUCUGCCUUUUCCUUUUAAAGGAUCCGCUUUAGUGACACUGAUAAGUGUCGUGCACCAAAUGGCCUUCAACACCACAGCAAACACAGUACUCGGGACAGCAUCAGGAAUGGGCGGACGACUCGGGGAGACGCCAAGCUGAAGCUGUCAGUCAGGAACCUUCCUACCUGGACUGAGGAAGCCAAGCUCUUCCAGCCCAGACAAAGCCCCUUGCGGGCUACAAGCGUCGCUAUGACAACACGGCCUAAAGCUGGCGCUGAUUGGUCGGACGGCGCGCGCGGAGCCUGCUGGGAGAACGCGCCUUCGGCCUUGCUCGGGCCGUUUGAACUUGGCGGGCCUGAUGCGGGCCGCUGGGCCGUGGCGGGCUGCCUCUCCGGCUCCGUGCACCCGUUACCUCGCCCGCUGCAAGCCGGGCUUCCGGCCCUCCUCGAGUUUUGUCGUCGACCUCUUAGUGGAUUCCGGGGAUCCAGGGCUGGAGGAUGUGGCGCUGACCGAGUGCUUGUCGCCGCCGUCUCUGAGCUGCAGCAACUCCACCCUGUCCCUGUUGUCUCCCCUUGGCCACCAGAGCUUUCCGUUUGGCGCGGACGACAGUGAGGGGGAGGAUGAAGAGGCCCUGGACGAAGAUGCCCGUGAGUCCGAGAGCAAGGUGGAGAGCUUGGAAGGAAUAGAGUUCCAGCAGCGCUCCAGCUGUGAAGUUGAGUCGCAAGACAAACAAGAGAAGCUGGUGCUGUUACAGCACGGCAGUCUGACGCCAUGGGAGAUGUGGUUUGUUGGCAAGGAGAAAGAAGAGCGAGGCCGGCUACAACAGAAAUUUCUGGAGGAAUUAAAUCAGCAAAUAGAAAAAAGAAAAGAAAUGGAAGAACGUGAAAAAAGGAAGAUAAUUGCUGAAGUAAAGCACAAGGAAUGGGUUCAAAAGAAAAAUAAGCAGGUCAGAGAACUGAAGUCCAUGGAGAGGGGACUGUGACUUGCUCUGAGAGUUUGACUUUGGGCUACCCAGGGACCUAGUUGUGGAGGGAAGAUGGCACCGACCCAGAGAGAGCCAGGAGACGGGAGGAAACAGGAUCACUGGUGAUGUAAUUUUUAAACGGUCCCUGAAUGUGGCCACACCAAUGCACUUUCAGCCACUCUGAGUCAGCGUUUCUUGAUGCCAGGGCAAGAUGCUAUACUUGGCACAGCCUCCUCUUGCCGUCUUUGAUCUGCCUCUUCUGAGAGAAAUAUCUUUGAAGGAAUACUCUCAAGCAGUCAUCCAAAUAUUUAAUCCUUUAAACGUGCAGACCUUUGUAAUGAGCGGUGCAGGAUCCAUAUAACCUGCACAAAAAGGCAAAGUAGAUGGUGCUGUCAGUAAGCUGUGCCCAGAAGUGGGAAGUAUGACUUUCAGUCUUGCUUCUUUCACUGAAUACCCAGAAAGGGCAAAUUCCUGAACAAACUCUCCGGGACUUGCCGUCUCAUGUGGAAAUUGAGAUGGUCAGAAAGAGCCAUUUCCAGGUUUCUUUUGUGUUAGCUAUUGUCAGAAGACCAAUCGUUGACACAAUUUUCAUAACAUUCUCUUGCCCCUCUUUUCCACUCAUGUCCUCUCUCAUCCUUUCUGUGUGAAGGGAAAGAAAAGGCAUAAAGUUGAAAGUGUUGCCUUUGGCCAAGUAUAUUCUUUCCUGGCCGAAAUUAUACCCUUGAAGAGUUCACGUGUGUGCACAUUUAAGUCAGCAGCCCUCAAAGAUUUCUCUAGAGAGCCUGGACAUUUUCUUCCCAGUUUAAAGAAUGGAGCUAACUAACAACAUAAAUUUGGAUUUGAGGAAAGACAUCCCCAAGUCCACCAUUUACUAAUAAAAAAAUAAUAAGGCAAACCAAAUUGAAUGCAAUUAGUAACUUUUAGAUGGUGUGCUAGCCUACUUAGGGAUGCUGUUGGCAUGCAUUACCUGUAUCUGACACCCCUGGGUGGUAGCCACCCCUCCUGGCAGGAGGAUUUUCCUAAUUCUGACUCUAACAUGUUGUGACAGGAGACCUGCAAGCCAAGGGAGUAAAAACACACAGUCACAUGCAGUUAGUGUUUGGUUUCUCAGAAUGCUCGUAGUUUUUUUUUCCUUUUAAACCUUCAUGUGUUAUAUGUUCAAUGUAGUAAAAUUUAAAACACACAAAGCAAGAGGCAGCCACACAAAUCACACGUACUCCCACAACUCAAAAAUGGCCACAUUGGUUUAAAAACAAAUAAACACACAAACAAAAGAACACAUUUAACUUCUUUUCUAGUCAGUGGAGCAAUGUAUGCUCAGUGCUCUAGCAAACACUAAAGAGGAAAAUUAAUCAUAGCUAAUGCCCCAGCUGAUAAUGUGUCCACAGAGUCCUUCGCUGCCCAGCCUCCUGCUCUGCUCACUGGGCCAUUGUUCCCAGCCUCCAUAACCGAAAAGGCUGGGAACUGGUAGAGAGGCUCAGGCAUGUUUGCUUUAGUGCUUUGGAAUGGUGCCUCCCCGAGGGCUGGACCCAGGGAGAAGCAGCAUCUCAAACACACAGCAGACACCACUGUCCCUCGCAGUGGACUCAGCAGAAUUUAAACAAGAUGUCUGGCACCCUUCCAAAAGGGGGUUCAAGCUAGUGUGAAUGCCAGCUGCACUCACAGGCAGCAACACUGUGUGUUUGCAGAGCUAGCUGUGGAUGCCAUCGUGACUGUGACUGCUGUGGAUGCCAGCACAGUGUGUCUGUGACUGCUGCGGACACCGUCACACUGAGACUGUGACUGUGACUGCUGCAGAUGCCAUCACCCUGUGACUGUGACUGCUGUGGAUGCCGUCACUCACACUGUGACUGCUGUGGAUACCAUCACACUGUGACUGUGACUGCUGCAGAUGCCCAUCACACUGCGACUGUGACUGUGACUGCUGUGGAUGCCAGCACAGUGUGUCUGUGACUGCUGCGGACACUGUCACACUGAGACUGUGACUGUGACUACUGUGGAUACCAUCAUACUGUGACUGUGACUGCUGCAGAUGCCAUCACACUGUGACUGUGACUGUGACUACUGUGGAUACCAUCAUACUGUGACUGUGACUGCUGCAGAUGCCAUCACACUGUGACUGUGACUGUGACUACUGUGGAUACCAUCAUACUGUGACUGUGACUGCUGCAGAUGCCAUCACACUGUGACUGUGACUGUGACUACUGUGGAUACCAUCAUACUGUGACUGUGACUGCUGCAGAUGCCAUCACACUGUGACUGUGACUGUGACUGCUGUGGAUACCAUCAUACUGUGACUGUGACUGCUGCAGAUGCCAUCACACUGUGACUGUGACUGUGACUGUGACUGUGACUGCUGUGAACACCAUCACACUGUGACUGUGACUGCUGCAGAUGCCAUCACACUGUGACUGUGACUGUGACUGUGACUGUGACUGCUGUGGACACCAUCACACUGUGACUGUGACUGCUGCAGAUGCCAUCACACUGUGACUGUGACUGUGACUGUGACUGCUGUGAACACCAUCACACUGUGACUGUGACUGCUGUGGACACCAUCACACUGUGACUGUGACUGCUGCAGAUGCCAUCACACUGUGACUGUGACUGCUGUGGACACCAUCACACUGUGACUGUUAAGGAUGCCAUCACACUUCCGACUACUUUCCUUUCCUGACCAGUUCCUUUGCUGUUGCUUUAUUGAUUCUGCAAGAACAUGACUGUGUUUCCAAUGCCUAACAACUUCUCAGUUAUUUGCCUAAACAAUGUCCAAGAACUACAACUAACUAUGUAGUUAAAAGUGACCUUGACUCUUGAUCCUCCUGCCUCUGUCUACCAAAUGCUGGCAGUGCAGACAUGAACCACCAUGCCUAAUUCAGGCUCCACUUUCUUUUCUACUCCAAACCUCCAUCUUUUCUGCCUUGAAAAAAUGCUGAGUACUAUUUUUUUUAAGUAGGUAUGUGAGAAGCAGCAAUGUAACAAACACCCUGUUGGCACUGAAGUCUGAUUGACUUGGAUUAAGUUCUGGUCGGUGGGCAGCGACUUGGGUGGUCUGUUACCCUUUUGGGAAGCAAGCAUUUACCCCAAAGUGUAUGUUGAAGACUGAAGAAAAGUUUAACAGAAUCUAACCAAUCCAUGUGCUUUAUCUUUUUUUUUAAAUAAAAAUAAAAACCUAGAAAAUGUUCCUUUCUAAA